AUGAGGUCAUUCCUCGCUCUCAUAACACUCGGGUGCCUAUCAAACCCAGCCAGUGCCGUUCCUUACGCCAAGGAUGAGGUUGUGAAAAGGACGGAAAUAGGCUCGGGGUGUUCAUGGUGUACCCCCGGUCCUUGGAAGACUGAUCCUGCUUGUAGUACAUAUGAAUACUCCGCUGUGGCUAGCAGCAUGAGAAAUCCGCCCUCGGGUAUUAGUUUUGAUGUAACUUCAUUUUGCUCCGAAUUUUUGCGGCCGUUGGUUACCGACAUAUCUAUAAUCGAUAUUACAAGCGGGACGACAACAUCGACGUCCACAGUAAUAAGUCUAAUUAUGUUUACGCCAACAUCAACAGCCCCUUCGACAACGACAACAGCAAUGGGCAUGGCGCCACAUCCCCACGGAGCAGCACCAGUUUCGCCAGUCAUAACCGCGUCGCCAAAACUCGGAGUAGCACCAGCAAUUAAAAAGCGGGACUUUACUGUACCACAAUACCUGGAGCCUUGGUAUUUCUACGGCCGGUUAGAUCCCGGUUGCUCGUGCAUUAUCACGUCGGCAUUACCAUCUCUUCGCUUCUCUGCAACUGAAACCAGUACUCACUAUAAUAUAACCAUGGCAAGUCUUGAUAAUGAGUCCUCCUAA